CGGAUACGAUGGCGGCGGUGAUGGCGAUGAGAACGCUUCAUAAUGAAUGCCAACAGUAUACCAACAACGACAAAAAGUUUAUGGCAAUAUGUCGGAAGGGAAGAAGAAAGUUUCCAAACGCGAAACAUUUAUUGUAAAACGUGUCAGCAGCCAUUAGGCGUUGGAAAAAUACCAGCAAUCGAUUGUAUCUGCGGGGAUUCGGGUCCGAACAAACCUUUGAAAAAUACCUCGUUUUUUAUUAAUCUCAACUUGACUCAACAAUUGAAAAGAAUACUAUCGAUACCAAACAUUAUAAGACAUCUCAGAUAUCGCUACGAUAGGGUUAAAAAAAUCAAGAUGCGCUGGAAGAUAUCUACGACGGUAAAUUGUACAAAAAAUUGAGUGCUCCCGGCAGGUUCUUAAAUUCGGAAUUCAAUUUUUCGUUUACGAUUAAUACGGAUGGACUUCAAGUAGCGAAUUCAUCGCGGCAAACCGCGUGGCCGGUUUUAUUAACGAUAAAUGAAUUGCAUCCGCACAUGCGAAAGAGAUACAUUAUAUUAGCUGGUAUUUAUGUCGACGAAAGGAAACCAAUAUUAAAUUCAUUCUUAGCCCCGAUCGUCGAAGAAUUACGAUUUUUUCAUGAGACUGGUAUCGUUUGGAAGCCGGACGGUGUAGAAAACAUCACAUCCAAAUUCGUAACGACUACUUGUGUAGUAGAUUCGGUGGCAAGAUACGAAAUUUUAAAUAUGAGAAGUUUUCUUGGCAUUUUCGGAUGUACAUUUUGUUACGCAAAAGGGCAAAGACUACCAACGAGUAAUAAUAGAAUAUAUCGCGUUCGGAAUUAUAGAUACCGCACUGACAUCGAAAUGCGAAGGCAUAUGCGAUCGGCGAUGAUAACUCGUGAACCAAAGUUUGGUAUUGAGGGAGCGUCAAUUUUGCAAUCUCUUCCGAUGUUUCACCUUCGAAAAUCCAUGGUAGUGGACGCGAUGCACAACGCUGAUCUCGGUGUUGCGAAACAAAUGUUUCAUUUGAUUUUUUUUAGUGCAGCAACGCUUGUUUGGUAUCAUGGAAGCCCAGCGAUCUUAAGUUUAAUCGACGAACGAAUGAAAAAAAUACGAACGCCGAGCCGAAUUGCCAGAAAACCGAGAAGCAUGAAUACCUAUAAAACGUGGAAAGCUUCCGAAUGGCGUAAUUGGAUACUAUAUUACGCCGUAUCCUGUUUGACAGGAAUAAUCGGAAACGAAUAUUUGUCGCUCUUUUGCAAACUCUCCGAAGCUCUCCACAUUUUAAAUGGCGAUUCAAUAAAUCGAGAAGAAAUGGACAGGGCCAAAAUUUUGAUAGAACAGUUUGUUGCAGAAUAUCAAACAAUUUUCGGAUGCGAGAAUAUGACAUAUAAUGUACAUAUUCUCCGACACCUUUGCGACACGGUUGAAAAUUGGGGCCCCAUAUGGUGCAACAGCGCUUUUAUUUACGAGUCUUACAAUCGAAAAAUUGCAGAAGCUGUCAAUAGUCCAACCGGUCGACCGUUGCAAAUUAUGAACAAAUACUUAUUAAACGAUUUCAUGCGGUGCGUCAUUCACGAUCCAACGAUGGCGGAAGAAAUGAGAAGCCAGAUAAUAAGCAUUCUUAACUAUGGAAGGAAAGCGCCGUUUCGCAUCAAAUUUAAUUUACAUGAACAUGAAAAUUUCGAGGGUUUAGGUACGUUCGUUUCGAGAGAACUAACGGAUUGUGAGCGUCGUAUCUUAAAUUCAAUUAGAUUAACGUGCAGAGGCAGAAUAAACGUUUUUAAAAAAUGUGUAAUAAAAGGAAAUAUGUACACUUGUGGUAGCGUCGAGCAAGAUGAUACGCGAGAAUCCAACAAAAACAUUUACACGAAGGAGAAUCAUUUUGCCGAGAUAUUGUCGUUCGUUAAAUUUGUUAACCACGAGGAGCAAGCGAUCAAUGGAAUGUUCGUUACAUUUUAUGAAACUGUUGGCAACUUGGGAGAAACUAGACACAUAAAAGUACUGAACCAUUCGAACCAAAGAGGAUUUGUUAUCGAAGACGAUUUGAAGGCUCCGGCUAUAAUAAUGAAUUUAACGAACGAGGCUACAUACGGUGUAAGAAUGACGAACGUUUGGGAGACUGAUUAAUGCAAUAAAAGUUAUCGUCGAGCCGA